CUAUCACAAGCUUCCCCUAUCCUCCCAUCCGACUGCUCUUUUCUCCCCCCACCUCGUGACGUGCUCUAUAAUUCCUUCGAUGGGUGGAGCAGUUGUUUUAGUUUCGUAAACCUUCCUCACAAAAAUCACAACAAGCCUACCUUACACAAACAUAGGAGCAAGCAUGGCUGACACCGAAGACCUCAUCAAGGACACUCAAAUUCUUGGCCAUGUGCAAGACCCUCACCGCAAGAUCCUUACGAAAGAAUGCUGUGCAUUCCUAGCUACCCUUCAUAGAACGUUCAAUGCUACCCGGAAGCAGCUCCUCCACAGACGUGUGCUCCGUCAAGCCGAGAUUGACAAGGGUGUCCUCCCCGACUUCCUGCCGGAGACCAAGCACAUUCGUGACAAUGAUACAUGGCGUGGAGCUGAUCCUGCGCCCGGCCUGGUGGAUCGCAGGGUGGAGAUUACCGGGCCCAUUGAUAGGAAGAUGGUUGUUAAUGCUUUGAAUGCCGAUGUUUGGACUUAUAUGGCGGAUUUUGAAGACUCUAACUCGCCAACCUGGGAUAACGUGAUUAACGGGCAAAUCAACUUGUACGACGCUAUCCGCCGGCAGGUUGACUUUAAGCUCAACGGGAAGGAUUACAAGCUCCGCACUGACCGUCCUUUGCCAACCCUGAUUAUUCGUCCUCGUGGCUGGCAUCUUGACGAGAAGCACUUUGUCGUCGAUGGCGAGCCAAUCUCUGGCGCUCUCUUCGACUUUGGGUGUUACUUUUUUCACAAUGCUAAGCAGUUGAUCCAGAACGGCCACGGGCCGUACUUCUACCUGCCAAAGAUGGAAUCGCAUCUGGAGGCCAGAUUAUGGAACGAUGUAUUCAAUCUUUCUCAGGAUACCGUUGGAAUCCCAAGGGGCACCAUUCGUGCUACGGUAUUGAUCGAGACUAUCCUGGCUGUUUUCGAGAUGGACGAGAUCAUCUAUGAAUUGCGGCAGCACAGCUCCGGUCUCAACUGCGGUCGUUGGGAUUACAUCUACGAAGGUGUUCAUGCUAUGGGAGGAAUGGCUGCACAGAUUCCUAUCAAGGAUAAUGAAGAGGCCAAUAAGAAGGCUAUGGCUGGUGUCUAUGCCGAUAAGCUACGAGAGGUCAGGGCCGGUCAUGAAGUAAAUAGGGUCGCUCACCCCGCCCUCGCAAAGAUCGCAUCUGAAGUCUUCAAUAAGCACAUGCCAACCCCCAACCAAAUUUUCAAGCGCAGGGAGGAAGUCUCUGUAACAGCAAUGGACCUUCUCAACAUGAACAUGCCAGGCGCAGUCACAGAGGAGGGAAUCCGCAAGAACCUAGAAAUCGGCAUCGGAUAUAUGGAAGGCUGGCUUCGCGCCGUCGGUUGUGUGCCAAUAAACUACCUAAUGGAGGACGCCGCCACCGCCGAAGUCUCCCGUUCUCAACUCUGGCAGUGGGCCAAACACGGUGUGAGCACCAUCGAAGGCAAGAGGGUCACCAAAGAACUGAACCUCCAGCUCCUCAAGGAGACCACAGAAAAACUCGCCAGCAAAGCGCCCGCUGGGAACAAGUACCACCUUGCGGCACGCUACUUUGCGACCCAGAUCACCGGGGAGGACUAUGCGGAUUUCCUUACUACUCUGCUGUAUAACGAGAUUGUAACGGUGGGUGGUGCCGCAAAACUCUGAUUGCCCUCCUUCCUCCUCCUCUUGUUUCUUUUAGGGUUAGGGAAUGUUUGCAGGAUUGAUUGGGUGGGGGUUUGUACGAUCUGAGAAAAACAGGGGUAUGGCAAGUCAGGGAGAAUUAUUUUGGUGCCAGAUUGGGGCUGUAGUUUCGCUCGCGUUGGGCGGAUCAUUUUUAUUCUUCUUUUCUUCCGGGGUCUGAUUUUUAGCAGGCUGGGGGUUCUUCUAGGGUGGAUGGGGAUGGGGGGUUUAACGCAAUUGGGUUUGUUGGCUUGGGAAAAAAACUGAAGAAGGGUAGUACUUGGGUUGGGCUUCAGUGCCGCAAUACUACGGACAAACAAAUUACUACUUUUUUCACA